ACAGUUGGUGAGUGGGUGAAUCGGGCUGGGAGAGCGAGAACAAUAGCACAAACUAGGUACUUUAUUAAAGGUUUCUCAAAGUGGAGGUAAGUCCCGCGCGAGAUGAGCACGUACCGACCUGGCUUCACGCGCAGUUUUGAGAGAUGCGACGUAGAGUCGCUGCGCCCCCCCGUGGAGGAGAGCGAUGAAAACUCUGAAGAUGACUGUGAUCCUGACAAGCUAGUGCAGUGUCCGUUUGACAAGAACCACAAGAUCCGGGCUUGUCGUUUUCCCUAUCAUAUCAUUAAGUGUCGCAAGAAUCACCCCAAGCUGGCAAAUGAGCUCAGGACAUGUCCUUUCAAUGCUCGCCAUUUGAUGCCUAGUCAUGAGCUGUCACACCAUGUGGCAAACUGCACCGACAGACAAAAAGUCAAGGCGGACAUAAUGUGCACCACUGAUCAGAAAAAGUGGAAUGUUCCCCCCAGUACUGGAGCAUAUCUGAGCUGCACAGAAGACUGGGAUCAAGAGGCAGAUACCAAUGUCCCCCCGUUUAUCUGGGGAAUCUCUACCUCAGUGAUCCAAAGCAGCCUAGAAUCUGGUACUUCAAAUUAUCUGACCUCAGCUCGUCGUGCACCAAGGACUUUACCUUGGAAUGGUCUCUAAGUAGCCUUAAGGCAGUAUUGAUGGCUGGCCACCUGUUCUUCCUGGAUGCUGCAAGUCUGCACUUCCAUUUUUACUUUGUUUCUAAAAAUCACUGUUCUAAUGUAAAAUUUUAAUGGCUCUGCUUUUACAAAGCACUUUAGUUUUGUAAUAAAUGUUACUUUGUCAAAGCAUUGUUAAAGUUAAAACUUUGUAAAGGUUAACUGUACUAAUACAUACUAGUCUUACAAGUUGUAUCUAGUAAGAAUGUCCUCUGCAGGUGUCAUUCCAGGUUCUUUUGGUUUUUAAGGGACUUGAGGUUUGUCUUCUGCAGAAAACAUUCACUGCAUCACUGCAGUCAUGUGUACCUAUGCAUGUUUGUGUUCUGUUUUGCUGGGGACAGAACUGUGUGGGCAGAGUCAUGAAUAGGCAGGUGCUGCAGCCUGGUGCUGAUGUCAACAUAUAUCAGCACUUGGGCAGGAGUGGGUGUGUGGCCACCAGUUGCCCCUUCAAGACAUGUCCCUUCUAGCCUCUAACCCACUGUGGCAGUAGCCUCCUUUCAACUCGGGCUACAACUGCCUUCUGUCACACACCCGCAGCAAGGUUUUUUUUUUCCCAUGUUUGCAGUUGAAUGCUGCAUUAAAUGGUGUUCACUUUGUAGUGUUUUUGUUUAGUGGUUUCUGCACAGUUACUACAAUGCUUUGAUUUAGUCUUGAAGGUUGGUGCCUAAAUUCUGCAGCUGCUGCUUUGAACAUCACCAGCCAGGACUCUUUAAUACAUCUUUUGGACAGACUUCAUCUAGAUGUUUGACUGCUAGGUCAUACGAAGUCUUAUGUUAUAGUUCCCAGGUGUUGCCUUUGUCAUCAAAACAUGCAGUAAAUUUGUCAUUUUACUUCUCUAGAGCUGUUUUAGAACAAAAGGUAGCAAGAGGACCAGUUCUGACUUCCUGGUGGUAUUCUUUUGGGUUAGCCUCAAUCUAAGAUGUUAAACAUUUAGUGGGAAACCUAGAUAGUCAUAAAAUAUUGGUGUGCAGUCCUGAUUGCUUGUUAAACCAUUUUUGUGCAAUUAAACUUCAAGUUCAA